AUGAAAUAUGGAGCACUAUCCCAUGAGUUCGGAGGAGUUGAUCCAAGUUUGGACCCCAGGAAGAAUGGGAAAACGAGCAUUUUCCUCGCAGUGACUGUGCCCUUUGAGCACAGAAAUGUCAUUCUCGUUCGUAAGGUGCAGACACAUGAUCAUGACCCUGGUCUUGGGAGAUCCAUUGCACCAGGAAUAAAUAAUAGGAUCUAUUAUAUCAUUUUGACAAGUUCUUGA